GCUGGACGUCAACACGGCCCUGCCGCCGCUGCCGCUGCCCCGGCGCCGCGGACUCGCGCUCAGCUCGCUCUGCUCCCCGGCGACGAGUGCGACGUGUUGCCCGCGUGUGUGACUCCGGAAGAUGAUCAAGAGGAGGAAAAAGGAGCGCGACUCCGGGACUGUGUGACUGGCUCGUGACGGAGCUCGUGCGUGUGCGUGCCGGGACGUUCAGUGCAAGUGUUGACCAUGUCGCUGUUCCGGCUGGGGGCCGCGGGGGGCGGCUCCUCCCCGUCGCCCACCGGCUCCACCCCCGAGCAGACCCCUUUCUGCACCAGUCCGAGUCAGCUGGACGCCGCGCUGGGGCAAACCUUCAAUGAGGCCUUUGCCCAGCCCACCACCAGCAAAGCCUCACCCAUCCGAGGCCGCACGAUGAAGGACUAUGAAGAAAAGCAGUCUGCUCUGAGGAAGGAGAAUUUCAACUUAAAACUACGUAUUUAUUUUCUUGAGGAGCGGAUGAGCCAGAUCAAUGGUUUGAAAGACAAGGAGGAGGCCAUUAAAAAUAACAUAGAGUUGAAUGUGGAAAAUGAAACAAUGCGCAAAGAACUCAGUGAGAAACAAGAGCUCCUUUGUCAGGCUGCCAAGGCAUUGGACCUUCUUGAAGACCAGCGUAAAGACGAGAAACAAAGAUAUUUGAAGGAAUGCAGUGUCUUGGAGAGUAAAAUACAAGAACUGGAAAAGGAAUUACAGGACAGCAUUGCAGCUUCACAGCAAAUGAAGUUUUCAGCUAUGACACAAUCCACAGAUUCUCAGUAUUCUUCUGCAUGCUUUGAAGUUGAUCAAUUGACUGCCCAAAUCCAAGAGCUGCAGGAACAGAGCCAAAAAGAAAGAGAGAAAAUUUGUCUACUUGAAACAGAACUAAGAGACACCAAGCAACAAUCUGAAAUGCUAAACAUCACUGUAAAAUCUCAAAAUGAUAUUAUUUUGAAAAUGGAGGAGGUUGUUGGUGUAAAGCAGUCAGAUCUGGCCAAUAGAGUUCAAAAGCUUCUUGAUGCGGAAAAAUUGGUGUCGGAAUUAAAGGUUUGCCUUUCUGCUAAUGAAGAAACCAUGCAGGAGAGGGAGGUAAGACAUUCUAAAGUCAAGGCAUAUAAUGCAACUCUCACUGCAAAAUUAAACACCGCCAACUUAGAGCUCCAGAGACUUAGAGAAGAAGUAAAAUCUCUUAAGAGACAGAGAAAUGAAGAGAUGAGAAGACGACCUAGUGGGUGCACAGAUUGUAUGAAUAUAGCUGCUGCAAAUCAAGAUCUUCAAGAUAAACUCUUGGAGAAAGAGAAAGAGUCCAAGGAUCAUGAAGAGUCAGCUUUCCGCAAAGCAUCAAUGAUACAUCAACUUCUCUCUGAUGUUGCUAAAUUAACUAAAGAAAAACAGUCCCAAGAAGCUCAAAUAUGUGAGUUGACUCAAAAGCUCUCUGCUCUAUGUGAGGAUAAGAAUGCUGUAAACAAGCCCAAUGCAGAAUUUCAUGAAGACAGAGAAUGCAGGCUUCAGAGCAUUGAAGCAAGUUUAAGGGAGAAAGAAUCACAACUUGUUGCUUGUGAACAGAGAUUAGAAGCUAGGGACAACAGAAUUCAAGAACUUGAGCUUGAAAUACAGGCCUUAAGGAAAGAACAUUUCCAAAUGACUGGGAAGAAUCCCCAACUGAAUGUUGAAAAUGCUGCUCAAGAAAACUUGUGCAACAUAAGCUCACAUGAGUCCAUCUUAAAACAACUGACAGAUAAAGACAAAGAAAUAGAAAACCUUAAUAUGGAACUUAAAAAGAGAACAUUUAAUCUCCAAGAGUUAGUCAACAAGGAAUUAUGGGACAAAAACAAACAAAUUGAACGGCUUGAAUUAAGGCUUGCUGCACAAGGAGCUGUUUGUGAAAGCAAAGAGGGAGACUUGAAAGAAGCUAAACGAAAGCUAGCUGAAUUUGGAGUGACUGUGACAUCUCUUGGACCGAAUUCUUCAGAAAUCAAUACAGACGAUGUGUCAGAGCUUCAAGAGCAACUUAAAAUCAGUUUGGAGGAACAGAAAUAUUUGAGCAGAGAAGUUGACAGUCUGAAGGAACGGCUGAGAAAUACUCCUGAAAGAGAUUCUGAAAGCAGGAAACUUCAAAGAUUGUUAAUUGACAACAAAAGAUUACAGGAGACGGAGGAGCAUCACAGAAUGUGGCGGAGAGAAGCAUCAAAGGCUCUUUCAGUUCUAAGAACACGACUUGAAGAGCUGGCCAUAUUCCUUGACGAACUUCUUCAUCAGCCUGCACUAGUUGUUGGUUUGUGUGCAGAUCGACAGCGAGUAUUACGUGCUGCAAUCAAUGGCAGCUUGGAACUGAGUAGAACCAUUGCCAACCUUAGCAGUGAGUCAGUACCUGAAGGUUCCUGUUCUCCUUGCCCUGAAAACGAUGUUUCACUUUGCUCUUAUUCUCAUGAGGAUGCCGAAAUUUCUUUUAAUCCUGUGGAACUUGGAUUGAAAGGGGGUGCGUAUUACACCAUCUGUGAUUCUGAGCAUAGGUGGAAGGCCAAAAAAGACUCACAAAAUUCUUCUUUCUUUCUUACUACAGACAACAUUGAUAAGGACCAACAGAUAUCUGGUGCUUCAGUCCGAACUCGAAGACGAUCGAGGUCGCAUCCCCAGGGUACGAGUCAUUCCAAAGUCAAAGGGACUGCUGCUAAUCAAAAUGCUGGUUCUCAGUCUGACUCUGAAGCAUGGUCAGAACCUGAUCGCAGUGUGUCUCAGGCUCGGAUGGGUAUUCACAAUGAAAGUUCACGGACAGUCUCAAGUGUGGCAAGCACAGUUCGACGAGUAUCUUUGGGUGGACAAUCAAGCUCAAGUGAAUCGCAGAAUGGACAACUUAAAACCUGUCCAUCUCUUAAAGAGGCUGCAAAUGCUGAUGAUAACAAACUUUCAGCUCGUACUCACUGCUUGGAGAAAUUGAAUCAGGCCCUUGAAGUUCAAAUUGGUCUGCCUUCCAGCAAACUUUCUGAAAACCCACAUGGUGAAAAUUCCAAUUGUGAGAGUGCUGUAGGGCCAAUUAAAUUAUGGGAACGGCUGGAUUGGGAAAAAAAUGCACGGAAGGCAUGGCAAAAGUGUGCUGCAAGCAGAUUACAUCAGUUGCAGGUACUAUCGAGGGCCAACAGUGCCCUUUCUGAAAAAGUAAUAUUACAAGACAAUCUGCAGAAGGAGAGGCAAUCCCAACUCUUAAAUAUGAAGCUCGAAUUAGUAGAAAAUUCCCAAAAUGCUGUGGACCGCGAAAGUAUAACUGCUCACACCAUGCGUGGCCUGGAAGAAAAGGUACAAGAAUUGAGUGUUCAGGUGCUGGAAGUGGAAGUACGACGAGAACAAGCUGAACUGGAUGCUCAGCAAGCAAUACAAGAGAAAGAUCGUCUUGAGAAAGAUCUUAGCUGCAAGCUAGCAGCUGCGCAGAAAGAGUCAGAGCAAGCCAGACAAGAGGCAGCCUCUCUGCAAGUCACUGUGAAACAGCUGCUAAGUAAGAAGUAUGAACUUGAAAAAGAGGCCAAACUCUGGAAAGAAAGAGCACAGGAGUUGGACAGAGAGUUGGAAAAAUGGAAAAGAGUUGUCCAGAAGUGUGAAAUUGAAAUUAAAGAAACUCAUUCUCAGCUAGCUCACAAAUUUAAAGAAAAGUUGGUUGUGUUGGAACAGUUAAAGAAUGUGGCCGAGCAGAAAACUGAGGAAUGGAUUUCCAAGUACAAGGACCUAGAAGCUAAAUCACUCGAAAUUGACCGACGAGCCAAAGACAAAGUACAUUUGUUAGAAGAACAGCUAAAACUGAAGCAUGCAGAAAUAGAACGCCGCUCUGAAGAACUCCAAGAGAAGCUAAAACGUGAGGCAGAAAUAAAGGCAUCCAGGAAAUUGGAGAAAAUUGUUGAGCAGCGCAUGAAAGAGUAUGAUGCAGAUUCUCGGGCGGCUGCUGUCAAGCGGGUUCGAGAUGUUGAGACUGCCUUCAUUUCACGGAUCAGUGAGCUGGAAAGAAAAGCUGCUGACGCUAAUAUUGAUGCUGAAAAACGAGUUCUUGAAGUAGAAGAUAAGUACAAGAUUAAGGAGAAAGAACUUAUUGAAAGAAUAUCGGAAGCAGAACGACAUUCGAAAGGAGGAGGUGAAAUACAGCAACAGUUGAAUGAUGCAGCCGUAGCUACAUCUCAAGCUCAAUUGGAAACAGCCAGACUUGCCAAUGAAAAGCUCCAAUUAGAACAGCAGAUUAGAUGGCUCCAAUCAGAAGCUAAGCGAGACCGAAAACAGCUUCAAGACCAACUUGGUCAAAAAAUAUUGUCUCUAACGCAAGCCAAUGGUGAGCUGCAGAAACACGUUCGGGAUCUUGAAAGAGAAGUGCAUUCCAAUCAAUAUCAAAGACGGAAAGGGGGCAGCAGCGGUAGUGGAUCAGCUACUUCUGAAGGAAAAGUCCUGACAGAAAUUACUAACUUGAAGCACUGCAAUGCUGACUUGUCAGACUAUGUGUCAGAGCAAGAGGAACAUGUUUAUCCAUUGCAGGAAAGCGGUCGCCAUGGAUGGUAUGAUGGAGAGAUGGCACAUUGCCCACCAGCUGUUGUGCUCACAGCUCAUGGCAACACAGUCUCAGUUGGAAAUGGACCGGGCCGUGUCACCUCAGCAUCUCCUGAUCUUGGCAUUGAAAGUGACCAAGGACGAUUUUCUAGUUUAGAGCCAUUUCCUCUGAAAAAGUCAACAACGGCUCCUGCUUUGAGCUCCCCAGAUAAUUUAGCUGUCGCCUUGCAAGUUAGAAAAAAACAGCAAAUGGACUACAAGGGAUUGGAGCAAGAAAAUCAAGAGCUUAAACAACGCCUUCUGCAUACCCGCCAGACUCUAGAGCAAACAUAUGCUCAGUUGGCUGCAGCAAACCAGCGAAAGAGACUUGUCGAAAAAGCCAUUUGCAAGCAAUUACACAAAACUCAUCAUAUUUUACGUAGAGCGAGAGACAAUUUUGAAACCAACCCAGCUGAAGCUCCUGAGCCUGAAGAGGCCUCUAUGAACUGACUAAUUUCUAAUUUUAGGGACUGAUUAUAUGACAGUGCUUCUCUCUAGUAAAAUUUUAUGCUCACUUGAUCAACUGUGAUUGCACUGACAUAAUGACAAUAGUUUAAGAGAAAGCCCUCUAUUUUAACUACCUCUUUUAUUGACACUGAAAGGAAUUAGUUAAGAAUGUGUUAAAUUCUAGUUUAAUGGUAUGGAUCUGUGAUGCCUUGAAUUCCUUCUUGCCAUUUUAAAAUUGUGUUUGUUAUUGUUUUAGUUUCUUAAAAAUACCGUACUUCUGAAUUUUGACAUGUCCAGAGUGAACCCACAUUUCUGUUUUAGAAACUGCAUGUGUGUGGGUUUGCUUUGGACAAAUCAAUUUCUUAGUCCUGUGCAAAACCAUAUGCACAUUUUAAACUCAGUUUGGUUGAGUUAAGUAUGUGCUAAAACUUCUUAGAUUAGUGUGACACUUUGUUAUAAUUAAGUAACAUAGCUCUGUAUGUAUCUUGUUAAGGUAUUAUUUGUGUUUAGUUGUGUAUUGCAAAAGUACACACCAAUGUCAGUAUUUGUAACUGAUUGACUUCUCAUAACUUGUAAAAUUCUAAGGACUUUGUUCAAAAAUAUUUUAUGAAAAUAUUGCAGUUCAUUUUACUGGAGUACCCUCCUACUACUUACAAGUUUAAGUUCCAAGUAAAGUGUUGUCUGUUGUUACUUGUUGCUUAUUUUUUGUGGUGACCAUACUAAAUUUGUGUGAAGUAAUCAGUAUUAUGCGAUGAUUUGUAGCAAGAUAGCGUCUUUUAUUUUUGAAAAGCCUGGAAUUACUUGCAUUUUUUAUUAAUAGUGGUACCAGUGGAAUUAGUACUUACCUAUUUGUACAUUUUUGUGAUUCUGAUUAUUUAAAUAAAAUGAAACAAAACUCACUUAUUUCAAA